AUGGAAUUAUUAACCCUAGAUUCAUUUCUACCAUAUUUGAAACCAUUUGAAGGUAAAGAAUUAUUAUCACCACAAGAAUCAUUAAAAAUUUCAUUAUUAAUAACAGAACUAUUAAUUGAUAAUUAUAUAGAUUUUAAUUUACUCAAAUUUUUGUCAAGAUUUUUGACGGUGGAAAGUUAUAAUGAUAUAAUUGAAGAAAGAAAUAUUGAACAUAAAUGUGGUUAUUUCUUGUGUGAUAAUCAACCAAAACUGUUAGUUAGAAGAUUGAGUUUAAAUUCAAAUGGUACUACUACUGCAUCAAUAUCAGAUACUGGAGCUUCUACAAGGUAUCAAAUAUAUAAUCGAAAACCAUCUAUAAUUUUACCAAAUACUUAUAUGAGUCAAUAUUGUUGUAAAGAACAUUAUCAAGCAAGUAUUUUCUACAAGAAUCAAUUAAGUUCAGAAGCACUAUUUGCAAGAACAAAUAUUUUGAUUAUACCUCCAUUUCAAGGAAAUAAAACAUGGUAUGAAAAUUCAAUAACCUGUUUGGAAGAAGUUAUAGCAAAACAUAAAGAAUUAAAACAACAAGGUAAAUCAAUGGCUGAAGUUAUUGCAUUAAUGAAUGGUCUUAAUAUGAAUGAAGAUGAAAUAAAUGAUGAAACUAAUCAACUAAUAAAAUUAAUUGAAGAUUUUGAAAUUGUGGAAAAGGAUACAGUGGACAUGAAUGGUAAACAAAUUCAUGAAGCUGUUAUUGAAAGUAGUGAAGAAGAAGAAGAAGAAGAAAAUGGUUCUGCUAUGAAUGCUAAUAAGAUUGAAGGUUAUGUAACGACGGAUAAAAGUUUCGGUGGUUAUGUGGUGUAA